AUGUCAACGACAACGGCUAUUUUUCUCUUCUUCAUUUUUGCUACCGUAAUAACUUACUGCCAAAGCGAUGUCGUUUCAUUGCCCGAGGAGAUCCGAGCUUUGACGUCGUUCAAGCUCAAUCUCAAUGAUCCACUAGGAGCAUUAGAUGGAUGGGAUGCAUCCACGCCGUCAGCUCCCUGUGACUGGCGUGGCAUUGUCUGUUACAAUAACCGAGUUCAUGAACUCCGGCUACCUCGUCUCCAACUCAGUGGCCAACUCACUGACCAACUCUUUAACCUACGCCAGUUGCGUAAGUUAAGUCUCCACUCUAACAACUUCAACGGUUCUAUCCCUCCCUCACUAUCUCAAUGCUCUCUCUUACGCGCCGUUUACUUACAGUACAACUCACUCUCCGGUAACCUUCCGUCCACUAUCGUUAACCUCACUAACCUUCAGGUCCUCAACGUUGCUCACAACUUCCUUAACGGAAAUAUCUCUGGUGAUAUUUCAAGUUCUCUCCGUUACCUCGAUAUCUCAUCAAAUUCAUUCUCCGGUGAGAUACCGGGUAACUUCUCAUCAAAAUCUCAGCUUCAACUCAUCAAUUUAUCUUACAAUAAAUUCUCCGGUGAAUUUCCGGCCAGCAUUGGUCAACUUCAAAAGCUUGAGUACUUAUGGCUUGAUUCUAAUAAGUUGUACGGGACUUUACCAUCAGCAGUUGCAAAUUGUUCAUCGCUCAUUCAUUUAAGCAUCGAAGAUAAUUCGCUUAAAGGUUUGGUACCGGCAAGUAUAGGCUCACUUCCUAACCUUGAAGUGCUUUCUUUAUCGAGGAACGAACUCUCCGGUUCGAUUCCGGCGAGUAUUUUUUGUGGAGUUUCGCGGAAUUUUUCCUCGCUGAGGAUUGUGAAGUUUGGAUUUAAUGCAUUCACGGGAAUUGAUACGCCGUCAAAUGGAGGUUGUUUUGGUACUUUGGAGAUUUUAGAUAUUCACGAGAAUCAGAUUGAAGGCGUGUUUCCGUCUUGGUUGACUGGUUUGACUACGGUUAAAGUUGUUGAUUUUUCUAGAAAUUUGUUUGCGGGGAGUUUGCCGGGUGGUAUUGGUAAUCUUUUGAGGUUAGAGGAGUUUAAAGCGGCUAAUAAUUCAUUAACUGGUGAUAUUCCUAAUCAGAUUGUAAAAUGUACUUCUUUACAAGUUAUUGAUCUCGAAGGGAAUCGGUUUGAUGGUCCAAUUCCUUUGUUUUUUAGUGAAUUAAGGAGGUUGAAGUUGUUAUCCUUAGGUGGGAAUUUGUUUUCGGGUUCGAUUCCGUCGAGUUUUGGAGGUCUUUUUGAGCUUGAAACGCUGAGAUUGGAGAAUAAUAAUUUGAGUGGCAAUGUGCCUGAGGAGAUAAUGAAGUUGACGAAUUUAAGCACUUUGAGUUUGAGUUUUAAUAAGUUUUAUGGGGAGGUUCCUUAUAAUAUAGGGGACUUGAAGGGUUUGAUAGUUUUGAACCUGAGUGCUUGUGGGUUUUCGGGGAGAUUUCCGGCUAGUAUUGGGAGCUUGUCGAAGCUUACAACUCUGGAUUUGAGUAAGCAGAAUUUGUCUGGUGAGUUGCCGCUUGAGAUUUUUGGGUUGCCAAGUUUGCAAGUUGUUGCUUUGGAAGAGAAUAAGUUAUCUGGGGUUGUUCCUGAAGGUUUUAGCAGCUUAGUUAGUCUACAGUAUUUGAAUCUCACUUCUAAUUCCUUCACUGGUGACAUUCCAGCAAAUUAUGGAUUUCUUGCUUCAUUGCUUGUUCUUUCAUUGUCUCGGAAUUAUAUUUCGGGUACGGUCCCAUCUGAGCUUGGUAACUGUUCUAGUCUUGAAGUGCUUGAGCUACGUUCUAAUCAUUUAAGGGGCAGCAUUCCAGGUGAUAUAUCUCGCUUGUCUCGUCUAAAGAAGCUUGAUUUGGGUGAGAAUGCUUUAACUGGUGAAAUCCCAGAGGAUAUGUAUAGAUGUUCCUCUUUGGUUUCUCUAUCGUUGGAUGCUAAUCACCUUUCAGGUCACAUACCAGAGUCAUUGUCAAAGUUAUCGAACCUCACAGUUUUGAAUCUUUCCUCCAACAUCUUGAACGGGAGUAUUCCUGCAAAUCUUUCUCUCAUUUCUAGCUUGAGAUACUUAAAUGUAUCAAGGAACAAUCUUGAUGGAGAGAUUCCAUUGUUGUUGGGUUCUCGGUUCAAUGAUCCUUCUGUUUUUGCUAUGAAUGGGAAAUUGUGUGGGAAGCCACUGGAUAGAGAAUGUAAAAAUAUUAAGAACAGGAAGAGGAAGAAGCUGUUUCUAUUCAUUGGCGUGCCUAUAGCUGCAACUGUCCUUCUGGCGUUGUGUUGUUGUGCAUACAUUUACAGUCUUUUACGCUGGCGGAAGAGGCUUAGAGAAGGGGUAACCGGUGAGAAGAAGCGAAGCCCAGCUCGUGCAAGUUCUGGGGCAGACAGAAGUCGUGGAAGCGGAGAAAAUGGAGGGCCAAAACUGGUGAUGUUCAAUAACAAGAUAACAUAUGCAGAGACAUUGGAGGCAACUAGACAGUUCGACGAGGAAAAUGUGUUAAGCAGGGGAAGAUAUGGACUUGUAUUCAAGGCUUCAUACCAAGAUGGAAUGGUGCUCUCUGUUCGUCGCCUCCCAGAUGGAACAAUCAGUGAAGGCAACUAUCGUAAAGAAGCAGAGUCAUUAGGCAAGGUGAAGCAUCGAAACCUAACAGUUUUACGUGGCUACUAUGCAGGACCACCUGAUGUAAGGCUACUUGUCUAUGAUUACAUGCCAAACGGAAACCUAGCCACUCUCCUUCAAGAAGCCUCACACCAAGACGGGCACGUUCUAAACUGGCCAAUGCGUCACUUAAUUGCUCUUGGCAUUGCUCGUGGACUAGCUUUCUUGCAUUCACUCUCUAUGGUUCAUGGUGAUGUCAAACCACAAAAUGUCCUUUUUGAUGCUGAUUUUGAAGCACAUUUAUCUGAAUUCGGGCUCGAUAAAUUAACCAUAGCAACACCAGCAGAAGCUUCCUCAUCUUCCACCCCAAUUGGUUCGCUAGGCUACGUAUCACCAGAAGUAGCAUUAACAGGACAACCAACAAAAGAAGCUGAUGUGUACAGUUUUGGGAUUGUGUUGCUAGAAAUUCUAACAGGGAGGAAACCAGUUAUGUUCACACAAGACGAAGACAUUGUCAAAUGGGUCAAAAAGCAAUUGCAAAGAGGCCAAGUAUCAGAAUUACUAGAACCCGGAUUGCUUGAGUUAGACCCUGAAUCAUCAGAAUGGGAAGAGUUCUUGUUAGGAAUCAAAGUUGGUCUUCUUUGCUCAGCACCUGAUCCACUUGAUAGACCAUCAAUGGCUGAUAUUGUUUUCAUGCUUGAAGGCUGUAGAGUUGGGCCAGAUAUUCCGUCCUCAGCCGAUCCCACUUCACUGCCUUCUCCAAUUUGA